CUGAAACGCCGCGUUUCACAAUCUGAUGAUCUACUGGCUUGCACGGUGAGUUCGUAAAAUCUGAUCAAUCAGUCCGAUUGGAUUUGGAAUUUUUUGGGAAUUUGAAAUAUUUGUAAGCAAGGAACAGCACAGCAAAGCGAGAAAUGCAAUUCUUCGGGGGAACGGAGAUCAGCCCGUCUCUGCCGGCGUCAACGGCGUCGGGGAACAACGGCCACAUGAUGUACGUGUUCAACAGAAACGGCGUCUGCUUGCUCUACCGUGAAUGGAACCGGCCUCUUCACACCCUGAACCAACAGCAAGACCACAAGCUCAUGUUCGGCCUCCUAUUCUCCCUCAAGUCCCUCACCGCCAAGAUGGACCCCACCACUCCGGAUAAGGCCAAUCUCGGCGUCCCUCAGCUGCCAGGCCAAGGCUGUUCCUUUCACAGCUUCCGCACCAAUACCUACAAGCUUACUUUCAUGGAAUCCCCUUCUGGCAUUAAGAUUAUCUUGGUUACUCAUCCCAGGACCGGAGACUUGCGUGAAUCUUUGAAGUACAUUUACAACUUGUAUGUGGAAUAUGUCGUGAAGAACCCGCUCUACACUCCUGGAACUCCAAUCAGGUGUGAGCUAUUCAAUACAGCUCUCGACCAAUAUGUAAGGAGCAUUUCGUAGAAAUCCAGUCACCAUUAUCAUCUACUUGUUGGUUGUUUUGUAAAAGUGGAUUUUAAACAAGGAAAUGGAAAAGCAUGCCAAGAUGAGGCCACCUAUGUGUGUUUCUACUUUUUUUUGGACAAUGAAUUUAUGUCUAGGCUUAUGCUUAAAAAGCAGCAACGUUCACUCUUACCCUGGCCCAAAGCCGAUGGGACAUGUUUGGUUCUGAUUCCGCAACUUGAUUUUCAGAGUUUUACAAUGAGAGAUGCCCUAGCAUUUUGACCUGUGUGGACUUUAGGUGUUUUAUGGCAUCAUGUAAUAUCCUAUUUGUUUAUGUUAAAUUGGUUUGAUGUACUCUA